AUCAUCAUCUUCAUCAUCAACAACAACAAGAUCAUCUUCUCCAUCAUGAUCUUCAACUCCAUCAUCCUCAUUCUCAUUCGUCCCAUAAUGAUAUGUCGCCUCUAAAAUGGCAAGAUGAUAUACCAACCACAUCUUCAACAUCUUCUGUUGCAAAUACAAAUAAUACUGAUCAAUCAUCAUCAUCCAUAACUAAAACAAAUUCAACAUCUACUCAUAAUUCAUCUUCAUCAUCUUCAUCACCAAACAACAAUACCAACAAUAUUAACACUUCUAAUCCAACCACAACUGAUUCAACUCCUAUAAUCGCUAUAUCAAAGAAAAAGACUAAAAAUUUAAAAGUUUUAGCUGAUGGUCAAGUUUUAAAAGUUCAAAAAACAAGACAAAGAAAAAUCCUUAGUUGUAUUUAUUGUCAUUCUAAAAAGAUAAAAUGUUCAAGACAACAACCCAUUUGUAAUAAUUGUGAUAAAUUAGGUUUGGAAUGUAAAUAUUUCGUUAAUGAAAGAAUAAGUAGAGGUGGUAAAAAAUCAGCUAGAUUAACUGAAGAAGAACGUCAAAGUAGAAAAAGAGGAUCUUUAAUCUUAGAUUCUGAUUCAAAUAAUAAUGCAAAUAGUUUUAAUGCUAAAAAAUCAAGAAGUUCAACUUCAGAAAUUGAUGAUAAUGAUAAUGAUAAUGAUGAUGAUGAUGAUGAUUUUGAAAAUGAUAAUAUGGAUGAAGAAGAUGAAGAAGAUGAUGAUACUGAUAUGAAUAAUGAUAUUGAAAAUAAAGUUAAACCAAAUAAAUCAAUCGAUUUACAUCAUUCAAUUUCAAAUGAAGGCCCUGGUGGUCCAAAUUCAACAAAAUUGACUACUUCAAUUUCUUCAUCAACUCAUCCUCAUAUUAAACUUGAAGAUGAUUCAAAUAACCAUGUCACUUCCGCAUCUGCUCCUCCUUCUAUUUCAUCAUCUGCUUCAUCAUCCAUAUCUCAAGCUUCUUCAAAUCAAUUAGCUACAACUGUUUCAUCAAUUUCAUCUAAUAGUGAUAAUAAUAAUCAUAAUGCUAAUAAUAAUCAUGCUUCAAAUGUUGAUUCAUUCAGUAAGGUGGUUCAAACUCCAGGUGGAAUGCUUCCUGAACUUUCAUUAAAUUAUUUAAAUUUGAAUUUUAAUAUGACAAAUCAAUCAAAUACAAAUGAUGAUCCUUUAUCAACUGCUGGUAAUACUCCUCAAAGUAUUAAUUCAAGUAUGGUGAAUGAUAUUGAAGCUAGAAAGAAGUCCUUCUUACAACAACAGCAACAAGCUCAACAGCAGGCUCAACAACAACAACAAGCUCAACAACAAAUGUUAUCGAAUACUGGAGGUAUCUUACAAACUCCUAUAUUUAAUAACUUAUCAAAUAAUAUCACUAAUACUUAUUUCAAUACUAAUUUCUUAAAUCAAAAUCCUCAAAAUCCUCAGCAACAACAACAAGGUCCUCAAAAUGGUCCACCUACAAAUCCUAAUGAAGAUCAAUAUUCAUUCAACUUGUCAUCAUUCACAUUUGCCAAUCAAGAAGGAUUAUUAAAUUCAUCCUUACCUUCCAAUUUCAAUUCUCCCGUUGCUCAUCAACAUAUUCAAACUACAACUUUAUCUCAUAGUAAUAGCACUAAUAAUAUCAGUGGAUUAUUUAAUAAAUCAGUCAAUGAAAAUAUGAAUUCUAAAGAUACAGUUAUUGGAUCGAAGAAUCAACCCAAUAAUCCAGGUUUACAUAAUUCAUUAAAUGCUUAUUCUUCAAAUCCAGCCACGACGGUGAAUUAUCUUUAUGGAACCAAUACUUAUUAUUCCAAUGACAAUUUGUUAGACGAUUUAUUAAAACAUUUACCUAGUUGUAAAGAAAGAUCAUUUGAAUUGAUUGAUCGGUAUAUUAAUUCCGUCCAUCUUUUAUUCCCCAUUGUUGUUACCCUUUCUGAUUUCUUAAAGGAACAUGAACGUUAUUGGUCAUUAGUUAAUCAAGAUUCAAGUUUUAUUCCUCAAAAUAAUAAUAACAAUAAUUUUAAUAAUAAUAUUUCUCAUCUUUAUCCUUCAUCCAUUACUAAACCAAGUCCCGAUGCUGCUUCAAUUUCAUCUGGUUCUUCAGCUAAUGAUGAUGGUGAUUUCAAUUAUUUACAAUUUUAUACCCUUUAUUUCCCUAUCUUGUAUGCAUCCACUAUAUCUGAAUUUGAAGAGUAUGAUAAUUUAUUAUUGAAUCAGGAUAUUAAUCGUUAUUUGAAAGCUUUUAAUAAGAUUUGUCAAUAUUAUAAUUAUCCUCAUGGUUUAAAAACCAUUCCAUUAUUAUUAGGUAAUGUUAUUAUUCAAUCAACUUCACCUAAUCCAUCCACCAUGGAAAUGUCUCAAAUCAUUAGAUAUGCUAAAUUUUUACAAAUGCAUAAAGAUCCAUUAAUCACUUUAAGAAUCAAUGAUUGGGAAGUUAUUAAAUUUAGAAGAUUAUUAUGGUGGGUUAUCUUUGGUUUAGAUGCUUUAACAUCACAUAAUUUCUGUUUACCUCCUGUUUGUAAAUUUGAAGACUUUAAUGUUUUGAUGCCUGAAGAAGAAGAACCAAUCUUUGAUAAAUUAGGUAUUGUGAAGGAAAAGAAAUUGAAUGUGAGUAUUUUAUCAAUGAAUGUUAAAUUUAAAUAUGAUAGGAUUUUAAGUGAAUUGGUGUAUCAUUUACAUAAUGGUUUAUCAUCUAAUAUUACUCCUACUCAAAUUAAUGAAAUCAAAAAAAUGAUUAUUGAUUAUUUCAAAUAUAUUCAUAGAUCAAUUUAUAGAAUGAAUCAAUUUUAUAAAUUGAAUCCACCAUCUACAGUUCAAGAAAUGAAUUUAAUUAAUUUUAUUAAAAAUCAUUCUUGGAGUUUUGUUGAUCGUGCUUUAAUGUUGUUACAUAAAAAGAUUUUAUUUGGGGAUAAUACAAGUGAAUAUAAUAAUAAUCAAAAUCAAAAUAAUUAUGGUUUAAAGACUGGUAAUCAAUAUUUACAUCAUAGAAGUAGUAUUAGAAAUACUAAUGAUGAAUUAUUAGAUGCCAAUAGUCUUUCUAAAUCUAGAAAUGGAGUAUUAUCAUUAAGUCAAUAUGAAGAUACAUUUGGUAGAAUUCAAGAAGCCAAUAUCAUUUUGAAUUUUAAUAAUUCUUCAAUUUCAUUAUUAAGAUUUAAUCAAUCAGAAAAUUUCUCCUAUGAUAAUAUGCAUAAUAACUUAAUUCCAUCUAUUUUACAUAAUUUAAAUGAUUUCUUAAAGUAUAAUGAUUUCAUUAAAUUCGGGAAAUAUAAUUGGUACAUUAAACGUACUAUUCCCAUUGAUUCACUUAUUUUGAUGUUUAUUAUUAUUACCGUUAAAUUUAAAUAUGAAUUCAUGACAUUGAAUGAAUUAUGUAUUUAUGUCAAAUUGAUUAAUAAAGCUUUAUUCAUUUUAAAUCGAAAAUGGUUUAAGAAUGAAAAGUAUAAGAGAAUGUUAUCAUUGACUAAUUUAACUUGGGAAUUCUUAUUAAAGAGAUAUAGUAUUAUUGAAUUAAUUAAUCAAUAUAAUGAAUCUAAUGGAAAUAAUAAUGGUGCUCGAAUUGAAUUUUUCGAUUACCAAGUUACAGGAUAUAUGAAUUUAAAUGAUUUAUUUAAUAUUAUGGAUGUUCCACAACCAAUUUUUAAUGAUGAAGAAUUUUUAGAAGAAAUGUUGGCUGAAGAAGAUAAAUUACAAGGAUUGGAUAUUGCAAAUCCAACUGAUCAACAACAACAACAACAAUUACAACAAAGAAGUCGUAACCAUCAUCGUAACAAUCAUAGAAACAAUGGUGGUAAUGGAGGUAAUAAUGGACCUUCAUCAAUGACUUCCAAUCUUCACGAUUCCAAUUUAAAGAAAGAAUUAGAUUACAAUCAACGUAAUUCUUCUUUGAUUCCAAACCAUAAUGAACAUAGUAGAAUGCCAGUGAAUAGUAAUCAAUUGGCUAUUAUAAGUCAUAAUUUAAGUCCUGAAACAAAGAGUGAAUUAAUUCAAUUGAAUGAAAAGAUUUAUUAUGAUCUUCGAAACAAUUUUGUUGACAUUAAUGAUUAUUGUGCCUUUUAUUCAAGUUUAGAAAAUAUUCUUCAUGAAUUAAUGGAUUACGUUCAUAAAGCAUGA